GUACAAAUACUAAAACUACAUUUAUAACCUUACCCAAUACAUACUAAGUACAUAGAAGUAUGGCUUCGGCAGAAUCACAAUUACAAUCACAAUUCCCCCCUGAGGAUGUGCGUGUAUUAGUGGGCGAAAUAUCUACAAUCUUGCGCUCCCGAAAUCAAACUUUGGCUAUUUCUGAAGCUGCUUGUGGUGGACUUCUUUCAGCGUAUUUAGUUUCUGUUCCAGGGGCUCUGGAUUACUAUAUUGGAGGGAAGCUCGUGUAUUCCUUGAAACAACGUCUCAAGUUAUCUGGCUGGUCAGAUGAUGAUAUAAGAAAUUACAUGGGUCCAUCAGAACUGGUGGCAUUAAAAUUGGCCCGAACCGCAAAAUAUGAACUUGGGUCAACAUAUGUACUCUCUGAAACUGGCUUUGCAGGACCAUCUACUGACCUUCAUCUUCUGGAUGUAGAAAACAUUCCAGUUGAUGGUCAUGGUGUUGGAACUGUCUAUUUAGGACUUCAUGGUCCCAAGGGUGAUGUUUCCUGUUGUUUCCACACUAAUUCUGUUGAUAGAUCGUAUAAUAUGACCCAAUUUGCCAAAUUGGGAUUAAUUUUUUUAUUAGAACAAUUAAAAAAAUGAUUUAUCUCCGUCUUAA